GUGGCGCGAAUCGGGGACUUUCGGGUGCGAAGAGCUGAGUGAAUUUGGCGUCGCGUGAAGCGGCUCGUGGGGCGGCACGAGGCAAGUGCGGCCGUGCACGCGGUGCCAGGGCCCAGGACUUGCCGAGCGCUCCGGAGCCCGUGGGCUUCGUCAGGUACAGCUGACAAGAAAGAACAGAAGAGGGAAAGGAAUAAUUCUGACAGCAUCAUGCAGCGAACAAUCAUGUCAUUUUUCCAGCCCAUGAAAGAGGGUAAAACAAGAAAGCCUGAGAAGGAGACACCCAAUGGCGGCAGCAAAGAGAAGGAGCCACAGCUGAAGGUGGCCCUGAAGGAGAGGAAUGGAGUGGUGCCCAAGAGUGACUCUCCAGUGAAGAGGCCAUGGAGGAAGGUAUCCCGGGUCUUGAGCAGUGAAGAGGAGGAGGAGGAAGAAGAAGCCCUUGGUACCCCCAAACACCAGAAGUCUGUGCCAGACUCCACACAGAACUCUCCUCCCAGCCCUGCCACAUGUCUGGAGAAUAGUCCUUUCCCCACCAACAGCUCCCCCAUGGACAUCUCCCCAUCAGGGAUCCCAAAGCGUCGUACCGCUCGGAAGCAGCUCUCAAAACGGAAGAUUCAGGACUCAGUCCUGGAGGAGCAGAGAGAAGACAAGGACAAAGAAGCCAAGAAGAGGAAGAAGGAAGAAGCAGAGAUCCCAGCAGAAAGCACCACCGAGGCUGAAGUUGCAAAACCAAAGGAAGAAGAUGAGCAGCCAACAGCACCCCCUGCUCCUUCCAUGCCCUCCAAAGUGGAGACUCCAGCAGAAGUGGAGAACAUUCCAGUGCCCAGGGUAGGCGGGAACCAGGAGCCUCAGGAAGAGGACCCGAGCAAGCCUCCUAGCAAAGCUCCUCGCACGCUGAGCAGCUUCUUCACCCCCCGGAAGCCGGCAGUCAAAGCAGAGGUGAAACCAGAGCAGGUAGAUGUGCCAAGGAAGGAAGAGGCCAGUGGAAUGCUGGACCCAACAAGCUACAAUCCUGCCAAAAACAACUACCAUCCCAUCGAAGAUGCCUGCUGGAAAUCUGGCCAAAAGGUCCCUUUUCUGGCUGUGGCUCGAACAUUUGAGAAGAUCGAGGAAGUUUCGGCUCGCCUCAAGAUGGUAGAGACCCUGAGCAACUUGCUGCGCUCUGUGGUGGCCCUGUCACCUCCAGACCUGCUCCCUGUCCUGUACCUCAGCCUCAACUGCCUCGGGCCACCCCAGCAGGGCCUGGAGCUGGGCAUUGGUGAUGGUGUGCUCAUCAAGGCAGUGGCUCAGGCCACAGGUCGGCAGCUGGAGGCCAUCCGGGCUGAAGUAGCUGAGAAGGGUGACGUGGGGCUGGUGGCCGAGAGUAGCCGCAGCACCCAGAGGCUUAUGCUGCCACCGCCCCCUCUGACUACCUCAGGGGUCUUCAACAAGUUUCGUGACAUUGCUCGGCUCACUGGCAGCACUUCCACAGCCAGGAAGAUAGAAAUCAUCAAAGGUCUCUUUGUUGCUUGCCGCUACUCAGAAGCCCGCUACAUCGCCAGGUCCCUGAGUGGACGGCUGCGCCUCGGGCUGGCUGAACAGUCGGUGCUGACUGCCCUGGCCCAAGCUGUGAGCCUCACGCCCCCUGGGCAAGAAUUUCCCACAGCCGUGGUGGAUGCUGGGAAAGGCAAGACAGCUGAGGCCAGAAAGGCAUGGUUGGAGGAACAAGGCAUGAUCUUGAAGCAGACCUUCUGCGAGGUUCCUGACCUGGACCGAAUCAUCCCUGUGUUGCUGGAGCAUGGCCUGGAGCAUCUCCCAGAGCACUGCAGGCUGAGUCCAGGUGUCCCUCUGAAGCCGAUGCUGGCCCAUCCCACUCGCGGUGUCCGGGAAGUUCUGAAACGCUUUGAGGAAGCCGCCUUCACCUGCGAGUACAAGUACGACGGGCAGCGGGCACAGAUCCACGUUCUGGAAGGUGGGGAGGUUAAGAUAUUCAGCAGGAAUCAAGAGGACAACACGCAGAAGUACCCUGACAUCAUCAGCCGCAUCCCCAAGAUUAAACUGCCCUCAGUGACAUCAUUCAUCCUGGAUACAGAAGCUGUGGCUUGGGACCGGGAAAAGAAGCAGAUCCAGCCAUUCCAAGUGCUCACAACACGCAAACGAAAGGAGGUUGAUGCAUCAGAGAUACAAGUGCAGGUGUGCCUGUAUGCCUUUGAUCUCAUCUACCUCAAUGGAGAGUCUCUUGUUCGCCAGCCCCUGUCACGACGUCGGCAGCUGCUCCGGGAGAACUUUGUGGAGACAGAGGGUGAGUUCGUCUUUGCCACUUCACUGGACACCAAGGACAUUGAACAGAUUGCUGAAUUCUUGGAACAGUCAGUGAAAGAUUCUUGUGAGGGGCUGAUGGUGAAGACCUUGGAUGUUGACGCCACCUAUGAGAUCGCCAAGAGGUCACACAACUGGCUUAAGCUGAAGAAGGACUACCUUGAAGGCGUGGGUGACACCUUGGACCUUGUGGUGAUCGGUGCCUACCUGGGCCGGGGAAAGCGGGCUGGCCGGUAUGGGGGCUUCCUGUUGGCUGCCUACGAUGAGGACAGUGAGGAGCUGCAGGCCAUAUGCAAGCUAGGAACUGGCUUCAGUGACGAAGAGCUGGAGGAACAUUACCAGAGCCUACAGGCCCUGGUUCUGCCCACUCCACGACCCUAUGUGCGUGCCGAUGGGGCUGUGGCUCCUGACCACUGGCUGGACCCGAGUGCUGUGUGGGAGGUGAAGUGUGCAGAUCUCUCUUUAUCACCCAUCUACCCUGCUGCCCGGGGCCUGGUGGACAGUGACAAGGGCAUCUCCCUUCGCUUCCCUCGGUUUGUUCGUGUCCGUGAAGAUAAGGAUCCAGAGGAAGCCACCACCAGUGCCCAGGUGGCGUAUCUGUACCGGAAGCAAAGUCAGAUUCAGAACCAGCAGGGCUCAAGCUCGGACUCUGACUCUGAAGACUGCUACUAAACGGCUGCUGGGGCAGAGGUGCAGGGAGCCUGGGGACAGCGUCUACCCGGCUCUGCUGCGUGGUGGGGGCGUGGGGGCGGGGUUAUGCUGGGUCCCGGAUUUGUUUGUCCUCCUCUGUGAAUCCUGAACAUGUGAUCAGCGCGACUAAGGACUGGAACGUUUUCUUUUAUUUCAGUUAUUCUCAUUUUAAUUUUGAAUAGUUCUGUGACCAGGGCUAGUCACUGGGUAGCAGGAGUCUGACAAGUUAAUGUGUUUUGCUCUUUUCACCUCUGAGCACUCCAGCAGGUUGGUGCUGUCAGAAGCCGUGUGUGCAUGUGUGGGUGGGGAACACAGAGGCCUAGUGACCCUCCAGAAGUUUUCUAGCCGAGUCCCAUUUUCUUGGAAGACAGUGGCACAGUAAUGAAUGAAUAGCUUCCAUCUCUGCCCCCCAAUGUGUUGUCACCGGACAUCACCUCAGAAUCCUCAACACGGUGAUGCACACAUCACAGGAUAAGAGCAGGCAAGGACAAGAGCUCUUGCUCACAGUGGAGCCCUAGCACAAGGCCUGGAACAGAACAGGUGCUGAGAAGUCAUGGUACAAUUACUCUGUUUUUUCUGAUAAAACUAUUUGAUCUGGUUCCCAUAUCGGGGAUGCUAUUAUUUGCUUCAGACCUCAGGUAGUAUGUGGUGGAUUAAGAUUGGACGAGGGCCUCAAAACCCCGAGAUUCUGAUUGUGACUCCUGUGAUAUAGAAGGUUGCUCCAUGCUCAGCCCCAAGACACUUUUUCCAGGCUCCUCCCAACUCUCUAAGAUUGAAACCCGGUGAGCUUGCAGCUCAUUGAGCUAGUCAGCUGAAGCAGUGUCUGCUUCAGGUGCCAUUGCCGUAUCUAGCUCAUCCCUCCCUCUGCCCUUCACCCUUGUGCUGGCCACGAAAUGACACAUUGCCCAACUACUUGCCUGUAAGUUUUCUUCCCUUGUAGCACCAAAAUCAAGGCAGUGGCUGCAGUCUGCUGCCAGAAACACCCAGUUUUUGACAAGUAAGAAGGGUUCACAGUGACCCUUCCCUGCCUGAGGGCCAGAGGACAACAGGUUUUGUCCUGCCUUCUCCACCAGAGCAGGAGCUACAUGGAAGCAGAGAGGCUUCUGUAGGGUUUAGAAGGUGAAGCAUGCCGGAAACCUGCAGCGGUUUCUGUGAACAGAUGCGGAACACGGGAGCAUCAUGCUCCAAAUACAGGAGAUUGGAUGUUGUUCUGGUUUGAUCAUUGCUGAGGGACUAUCGGUAUACGAGAUUGGUUCUCUGUUCUCCUGAGAAGUCAUCUAACCUUUUGUGUCUUGGGUUUGUUUCUCUGUAACAUGGAAAUAAAAGAAUAAUUUUUUUGUGA